ACAAGCAGCGGUACAAAAAGAUUUAUCACUGUACUUUCAACAAGAAUAAUAAAAAAGGAAAGGAAAAUAUUAAAUACAUUAAGAAAAAAAAGUCAAUGUAUAUAAAUAAAUAUAUUUACAUCAUUAGUAACCAGAGUCACAGAUUUGGUGUGAAUAUCUGAGUGGUUUCUCUUGGAGUCAAAGCAGCGAAACAUCGGAUCUCUUGCAGACGGCAGGAAGUGGAGGACCAAGUUUGGAAAGAUGUCUGAACUCUGUGAGCUGAGAUCGCAGGUGUUGAGGCGACAAACUGCAGCCGCCGAGGAGACGCUGGCUCUGCUGGAGGAGACGCUGGCCGAGUACCAGCUGCAAAACUCUCACCUGAGACUGAAGGUGGAGAGGCAGCAGAGGCUCCUGGACGCCAUCUUGCUGCCGGAGGUGCGACUGCACAGAGUGUGUCAAGAGGAGGUUCCCCCUGAGCAGCAGGAGCCGACCCCCAGUCUGGAGCCAGCGCCCCAACACAUUGAAGAGGAACAGGAGGAACCCUUGCCCAAUCAGCAGGGAGAGCAGCCUCAGGAUAUCACCAAGCUGCUGUUCACUGUUGUCCCCGUGAAGAGUGAGGAUGAUGAAGAGGAAGCUCAGUGGAGCAGAGACGCCCGCCGCUCCACUGGACAGAUGGAAGCAGAAGAUGGUGGAGAAGAACGAGCCAGGAACCCAGAACCCUCCUCUGAGGCUGAGACUGAGGACAGCGAUGACUGGGACGAGACCAGAGAAGCUCAGUCAGGUUCAAACCCACCGAGUGACGUCCCUCUCAGUCAUGACAGACCUGAUGUUGGAGAGGAACCAGCUUCCUGCUCCAAGACCAAGGACACAGGAAAGAGUACAUUCCCCUGCUCGCUCUGUGGUAAAGGUUUUUCAACGAAACAAAGCCGCAGAAGACACAUGAUAAUCCACACUGGAGAGAAACCGUUCCCCUGCUCACUCUGUGGUAGAGGGUUUGCAACGAAACAAAACCUCAGAACACACAUUAUAAUCCACACUAAAGAGAAACCGUUCCCCUGCUCACUCUGUGGUAAAGGGUUUGGAACGAAACAAAGCCUCAGAAGACACAUGAUAAGCCACACUGGAGAGAAACCGUACCCCUGCUCUGUGUGUGGUAAAGGGUUUACACAGGAAGGAACCCUCAAGCGUCACAUGAGAAUCCACGCUGGAGAGAAACCGUUCAUCUGCUCCAUCUGUGGGAAUGGUUUUUCACGGAAAGGAGACCUCACACGACACAUGGGAAUCCACACUGUAGAGAAACCAUUUGUCUGCUCCGUCUGUUGGAGAGGUUUUUCACAGAAAGAACACCUCAACACACACAUGAGAAUCCACAGUGGAGAGAAACCAUUCAUCUGCUCCGUCUGUUGGAGAGGUUUUCCACGGAACGGAGACCUCAAACGACACAUGGGAAUCCACGCUAGAGAGAACCUGUAGAGGCGCAGUCCUGGGUGUAUGUGUGUGUAUGUGUGUGUGUGUGUUAGUGGUGCAACGGAUCAUCGUUGAUCCAUGAUCCGUACGGAUCCCUCUCCACGGUUCGGCACGCACGUGGUCUGCGGAUUGGUUGAUAAAAAAAAAAAAGUUGUGUGCGUUCACGUGAAGGGCGCAUGUGCAAUCCACACUGGUCAAGCGCUGCGGUAAUCAUGG